AUGCUACAUGGACCGUGUGGAAAUUGGUGUUUGGUUAAUGACACUUGUUCAGAAAAGUUUCCUAAAAAUUUUCGUAGUGAAACUACGAUGGAUGAUAAUGGUUACCCAUUUUAUCGUCGUCGAGACGAAGGGACAAUAUUUUCACGGAAUGGACAUAUUUUUGAUAAUCGUCAUGUGGUUCCAUAUAAUCCACAAUUAUUAAAAAUGUUUAAUUGUCAUAUUAACGUAGAAGUUGUUUCUUCAAUUAGAGCUGUUAAGUAUUUGUACAAAUACGUAUACAAGGGCCAUGAUAAAGCUGGUGUAACAAUAUCAGGAAAUAUUUCAAGUGUUAGUUCUUCUUCAGGUCAAGGAAUACAUGAAACACUACACACUUCCAACGCUAAUGUUAUUAAUCAUGAUGAAAUUCAAAAUUUUGUUGAUGCUCGUUAUGUCGGUCCUGCUGAAGCUGCUUGGAGAAUUUUCUCUAAAAAGUUACAGGAUAAAAGUCACUCUAUUAUUCGUUUACCGGUACACUUACCGAAUGAACAGUCUAUUACUAUCAGUGAUGAUUGCACUGAAACUGAUAUCCAGGAAGCUUUACAAAGGCAGACAAUGUUAAUUGAUUAUUUUUCGUUAAAUGAAAGAGAUCCAUCUGCACGUCAUUACAUAUACAGCGAUAUCCCUCGAUAUUAUGUGUUCAAAAAAGACAAUGAAACUAAAAUAUUUUCAUGGCAACCACGAAAAAAAAAUUUUAACGUUAUUGAACGUAUGUAUUCUGUUAGUCCUGCGCAAAUUGAACUGUUUCAUCUUAGAUUGUUACUCAUUAACGUGAAGGGUGCUACGAGCUUUCAGAGUCUUAGAACAGUAAAUGAAACAAUAUAUGAAACGUAUAUCGCAGCAUGUUUGGCUGCUGGAUUAAUUGAAGAUGAUCAAGAAUGGAGACGGACGUUAACUGAAGCAAUAAUUUGGAUGAUGCCGCGACAAUUACGUUGUGUAUUUGUCCGUAUACUUCUUCAUUGUCAACCUCUGCAACCAGAACUUUUGUGGGAUGAAUUCAAAGAGGCUAUGUCUGAAGAUCUUAGUAGAAGAUUCGGGGUACAAGAAGGAGAAAAAAAAACUUACUUCUAUAUUAAUUCUAUGCUUGAAAAAGAAGGUGGUAGUCUUUCUACUUUUCCUGAUAUGCCACCAGUAACCGAUGAAUUAUAUGAAAAUGAUUCUGUACUUCUUUCUACUAGAGACCUUUCCCAAGCAUAUUAUAAUAAAUUAAACAGCAGUCAAAAAGAAGUCGUUGAUUUCGUUCUCAAUUCCAUUGAGUCUAAUGAACCCAAUUUUCAUAAUUAUGUUUACAUUGAUGGACCUGGUGGUUCUGGUAAAACAAUCAUCUAUAAAACAUUAUAUCAUAUAUUAUCGAAUGAAAAUAAAAUUGUAAGUAUAAUGGCUUACACUGGUAUUGCCGCAACUCUGUUGCCUAACGGAAAAACUGUGCACAAAACAUUUGGUUUACCUGUGCCAAUGUUUUCCGAUUCAUCUUCAUACAUUAAACCUAAUUCUAAAUAA